AUGGCGACCACCACAGAGACUGUUGCUUCCAAACAGGUCAAGCUCACAGCAGCUUACGACGAGGAGGCACAUAAAGCUUACAAGUACAGUGCGUACUUACCAGUGUACGACGAGGAAACCAAGUUUCCGCCUCUGGAACCAUUCGAGUUCAAGGAUAAAGCGCUUCUGGCAGAUCCGAAGAAGCCCAACCUCUUGUCGGAUGACAAUGGACGCGUAAAAGUGACCGAUGCCCAGAAGAAUAAGCUUGCUCUCCUCCUGGCGGAGCGCGGCGUCGUAGUCUUCCGCGAUCAGGAUUUCAAGGACAUCGGCACCGCAAAACAGAAAGCCUUUGGACAGUACUUUGGACCUCUGCACAUCCACCCCGUCGGCGCUCACGUCAAGGACAAUCUCGAACUGCACAACAUAUACCUUGGCUCAGACAACCUGUAUCGGGCACAGCAGCGGUCUGCUAAACUCACCUCAAUUGGGUACCACAGCGAUGUCUCUUACGAGCAUCAAACGCCAGGCAUAACUCUUCUCACGCUUCUCACUGUGCCUUCCACUGGCGGCGACACUGCGUGGGUGAAUCAGACGUUGGCGUACGAACGGCUGAGUGAACCCAUCAAGAAGCUGCUCGAAGGACUGAAAGCAGAGCACAGCGGAUUUCCUCAGGCAGAGAAUGCCAGGCGGGACAGUAAGUUCGUUCGCAGAGAGCCUGUAAGCAGUGAGCACCCGAUUGUGCGAGUGCAUCCGGCAACCGGUCGCAAAGCUCUCUUCUUCAAUCCUGGCUUCACAAAGCGCAUUAUCGGACUCAAGGUCGAAGAGUCGGACGCCAUAUUGAAGCUCCUCUUCAAGCACAUCUCACUCUCUGCCGAUCUCCAGGUUCGUGUGAAGUGGGACGAUCGGACCGUGACGCUCUGGGAUAAUCGCGUCACGGCGCACACCGCGAUCAACGACUAUAACGUGCAAAGCGACGAGGACGGCCUUCGUCAUGGCUUUCGCAUCACUACCUUGGCAGAGAAGCCCGUCGGAGUCAACGGGCUGGAGUCGACAUGGUAG